AACAGCCAUAUCGAAGCGGGAAACUUGGAACCGCUAUUUGUAUAAAAAAAUCCCUAGAAAGUAGAAAAGUCUUUGUAGGGUUUGAAAAACACCGCAGUCGGCUCUCCAAUCUCCAUACGCUACAGCGCGUUUCGGUGCCGCUGCUCGGAACAAAAUAAUAAUAGUAAUGAAGAACGCCAUGGAAGAGGUUAGGGUAAGCGCUGCUUGGGUCGCAGGCCGCUCCUCACACGUGCUCGUGGACUCUUCAGGGAUUGAGAAGGUUGUGGAGACUAUUCAAGACAAUAUUCCGAAAGUGGAAUGGGAUUUUGAGGGGAUUCACUAUUUCGACAAUGGCCCGCUCACUGUCCAGUAUCUGUUUGUUCUUGAUGCUCUCAAUUUCUGCUUCUGGCCUGACAAGGAUUUAAAUUAUGAUAAUUUGGCUUUGGGUCUAAAGGAAGCUCUGGAAAAAGACAAAUCUGUAUUUGAUGCUGAUCAACUGCAAAAAUACACUGGCCCUCAAUUGCGUAAGUUGUUAAAAUGGCCCAGACCGCUUCCACUGGAGGAUGAACGGGUUCGUCUACUACACGAGGUCGGGUUUGAACUUGAAAGAAGCUUUGGAGGUAAAGCAUCCAAUCUUGUGGAGUCAUGUGGGAAAUCAGCUGCAAAACUUGUUUCUCUUAUCACAAGUCAUUUCCCUGGGUUUCGAGACCACGCAGUUUACAAAGGCCGCCAAGUAUUCUUAUAUAAAAGAGCUCAAAUAUUUGUCGCAGAUCUAUAUGGUGCAUUCAAAGGUCAAGGAUAUGGAGAAUUCAUUGACAUAAGCUCAAUCACUAUAUUUGCAGACUAUAUUGUUCCUGCUGUUCUCCGACAGCUUGGUGUGCUGAGGUAUAGUUCGUCCCUUGCCAGCAUUGUUGACACCAAUAAUGAAAUAGGUUCUGGCUCUGAGGAGGAAGUUGAGUUACGAGCUUGCUCUAUAUAUGCUGUGGAAAAGAUGAGGGAUUUAAUUCGUAGAAAAUCUGGAAAGCAGGUGCUGACUGUGGAGUUGGACCUCUGGCUUUGGUCUUUUGGGGUGCAAUGUCCAUCUCUCCCUUAUCAUCGGACGCUCUCAAUAUAUUAUUGAUUGAACUGUCUGUUAGGUUAGUUCUUAUGUCUCCAUGGAAAGGGUAAAGUUUUGCUGUCAUAUUUAGGUAAAUCUGUUGGACAGAUGACAAAUAAUUUAUGGCUCUCCUACAAAUGAUCUAUUUCCUCCGGAUGUCAAUUUACUUUUAUUUUUGCAAGUGUUUACAGAUUAAUGGUUCUGCAAAUGUUGCAGGUGUCUAACUAUUUCGUCAUUGCUUGCUAGAAAAAGCGAGAAUGUUUGAUUAUUUUUAAUACUUGAUUCCUUUCCACACUGUCCUAACGGCAGGGGAUGCGUUCUCUAUC